UUUUAAAUAACAGUUAAAAUUAUGUUCAUAUUAUGAUUUUUAUUUUGUUCUUAUUUCCAAUAUACCAAUUUUAUUACUAUUUCUUUAUUCUACAAUAGAAUGCAAACUGAAUUGCUUACAUUACUACUGAUAUGUCUAGAAACAAUCUCCCAAGAGAUUGUUAUGGUAGCCAAAACACAUUCUACUCUGUUAAUAAAAUAUAUGGAUUACAGUGAUGCUGCAGUAUUACAAUUUAAGAUACCUGAAGAUGUUCAUUUUGUCUCAUUCAAAUUUGAAGCGGAAGAAAUAGAAGAAUCUCUUUUUCGUUGCGAGCCGAACGAUAUCGAUGUCUACUUAAAAUCCGGAUCACCACCUGUUAUUAAUCCCGAUAAUUCCGAGUUACCGAAACAUUUUUUAAAUUAUAGCGGUCCUAUAGAGGAGUUGAAGUUUACGUCGAACAAAACCUGCCAUUAUAUUAACGUUACCUCACCGUAUGCCGGAUUUUAUUUUGCCGCCGCCUUCAUUGCGUAUACGGAUCCUAGGUUACGCGCGAUUACACAGCAAGGUCUCACAGCGAAGUGCCUCACAGUCCUUAAUGCCGAGUUAUGGGUGAUUAAAAAACCGCGACCGUACAUUAUAGUGCCCGAGAAACAGGAGCAUGUCAUACUACAUCCGCGCACCAACAGAAUUUUUAAGUUUUAUGUUUCCGAUUACACAGAAUACGUAAUCUUGCAUAUGAAAAAAAUUAAGUUCUGCGUGGACUGCACGAAGAUCAAACUUCGUGUUCAAUCACAUAGGAUUCCCAAUGUAAACGAGUCAUUGUACAGUAUGGACCUAACGAAAGAGGCGUACGACACCAAAAAUUUUAAGACACAAAUAAUGACGGUCGAAGAUAGUUGGUAUUAUGUGAGCUUUAACCUCGAUUCGAAAACAGACAGUGAAGCGGAAUUUGCAUUUACAUUUAAGUGCUUCUCAACUUACCCCUCUAACGAUACUCAACUUCUAUUUUCAAAUGAGACGAAGAUAUUCCCGCUCAAUAUUAAUAGCACUCGUUAUUAUAAGCAUUCCAUUUUAAGAAACUACGCGAGUCCUUACUUGCACUUGAAUUUGUCGUACAAUCAGUACAACUUAGUCAGAGAAGGAAGUAUAGAGAACUUUUUCUAUUCGUUUGACUUGCAUCCUGAUACAGAUGGAAGUGUUCCGUCCUCAGUAAAUAUUACCAAUAACGAUAUGACAGCGUUAAAAUUUCAUAUUAAUCCCGCUACAGAUAUUGGGGGAACUUUGCAGUUUAGUUUGGCGUUUAAACCGAGAAUAAGAAAGAAAGGGGCGGCAAGAGAGAUAGGAGAGGAGUCCAAGCAGGUGACAAUAAUCGGCUGUCUAAGAAACAACGGGAAGGAAAUCCCGACUUGGCCGAAUAAGUGCGUUUUAGAUGAGAAAGAGACAAUCGCUCCAAUUAUUUUAAAUAGAACGUUAAAGAACUCUACAGUUUAUGUACCUUUUCCAGAUGCCGGCAACUGGUAUGCCACUUUUAAAUUGUUCUGCGGAAAAUGCGAGCCGUGCGAAUGUACAGAGAAAUGCAGGCAGGAGCUUAAUAGUUGUCCACAGAAAUGUGAGAUGGAGUGCGAUUCUGUGAACCUCUGUAAUAGUUGCAUUGAAACUUGUGAGAACGACAUACGGGACCACAAAGCGUGCUCGAAUUGUAAUUGCGACGGGCCUUGUUUGAAGGCUUCCGAUUCGUGUAACGCAAGUGUAUUAUUCGCUGCCGUUUCGUUUCCGUGCAUUUCUGGUAAAUGUGGGAGUAAUGGAAAAUGCGUGUAUUUAAUUUCGGAAGGAGUGGCUUAUUCUGUCUGUAUUUGUACUAAUCACUAUAAAGGAUGGGAUUGCUCGGACAGUUCUGGAGCGAAUUCAAAAGGAGUUAUAUUGAUGGAACUCCUGCUUCUCGUGCUUAGCAAUGUAGUAUUUCUUCCGGCAACAUACAUUGCAUACAGAAGAGGGUACUAUGUCGAGGCCGUAGUGUAUUUUUCGACAGGAUUUUUUUCGUCAUUUUAUCACGCCUGUGACGCUGGCGAAAACAUUUACAGUUUUUGUAUAGUCAAUUUAUCAGUGUUGCAAUUUUCAGAUUUCUUUUGUGGGUUACUCGCAAUAUGGGUCACGAUUAUAGCGAUUGCGCACCUACCGCACCCUUGGCCUUCCAUUUGUCACAUUACUGGUGCGAUUUUGCUGUCAUUUACAACCACAAUAAACAAAACGGCUAUAUGGGCGUUCGCUAUUCCUUUCGUAACCGGUAUUAUUAUUCUUGUUGCCAGUUGGUGUUGCCAUUAUAAAAGAUCGAAAGCUAGAUUCCCGAGCAAGCGUUAUCAGUGCAUCAUUUUUCCGAUUGGCAUUAUCACGGUUGCUUUUGGCUUGCUAACGUACGCUUUCUUACAAACAAAUUCUAAUUAUAUGUACUUGCAUAGCAUGUGGCAUAUUGUCAUUGCAUUGUCCAUUAUUAUAUUAAUACCAAACAAGCGUUCGUUUUUACCAGCUUCCGUGGAAUCUAGCGAGUAAUGUAAUUUAUGUAGGUAUUUCAAUGCAAGCUGUUUGUUUGGUUAUGAAAUUAUAUAAGUAAUUUUAUUAGCUGUUACCUUAAUGUCCUACAAAUUGUUCUGCAUGUCAAUAAUAUGGACAGACCAGACAAUUUGAGACUGUUCAUUUAUGUGAUAAUAUUUAUAUUAGCCCUAGAAAAGUGAAUGUAUUGUGAUAAAAUGUUAUUUUAUAGUGGGAUAAGUAGGAUUGUGAAGUUCAACUUUGACUAGCACGGUCUGUGUCCUAAUGAUGUGAUUAGAUGCACUUAGCCUAGUUGUGGAAUUAUCUUCUUUCCUACUUGUUCCAUUGUUCUUUAAUUCACCUGUAUAUUUUUUACUCCCAUUUAACAUAGACACUUUUCUUGUAACUGUCAAUUGCACUAUGACAUUAUCACACCAAUAUCUUUAUUUAUGCUACUCAAUGAUCUUCGUUAUUUAUUUCCAAAUUUUAUCUAUAUACUACACAUUUAAACUUUGUGUGGGAUCGAUUAAUAGGAAAAUGAUUGAUAGUGUAAAGUUUGGAAGGCCAAACUUUUCGGAGCAAUUUAUUUACAUGACAAUUUAAUUCUAGAACGAAUAUGAUAUUUUUAUUACUUUUUGUAUAUAUUUUCUUGAAAUAGAUAGUUGAUUAAUUGGAACAAUUACUUUUAUUAAGACGUAGCCCUGCAGGUUCACAUGCUCCAUAUUCAAAAUAGAAAUAGAGAAAACUGUGGUCCAUUCCUAUGGAAGCCAAUGUGUAAUUUUAUCGGAACCGAUUGAGUUAGCUGUAUAAUAAAGUAACAUUAACAAUCAAUAAUAGCUAUUUAUAUAUCAAGUAAGUACAUAAACUGGGUC